AAAUAAUUCAAAAAAAAAAAUACUUAAUUUAAAAAGUUAUUCAUUACUUUAUAUUAAAAAAAUCAGUAAAAUAUCUAUUUAUUUGUAUAAAAGAAAAAUAAUAUGGACUAAGGUUUAUAUCAAAGCUAACUAUUACAGCCAGAUCAAAUAAAAUAUUGGGAAAUAGCUAAAUCUUAAGAUUAGUAGAACUUUAUUGAUAAUUUAGAGAGACAGCUGCUUGAUUUGCAAUUUUAAAAAAAGGAGCAGGAAGAUUAGGCGGUUAAGACUAUAGAAUUUUACUAAAAGACUAUAGAAGAAAAAAAUAAUUUACUAGAUUAAUACUAAGUUGAGAAAAACCAAAUCAAAAGUAGAUAGAUCAAUGUCUAGGGUCAUGUGGAUAAUAUUAAUAGUUUAAGCUUGGAAGUUAAAAGAUUAAAAUCGGAGUUGAGAUAAAAGAAUGAUCGAAUUUUUUAGUUAGAAAAAAAGGUACAAUAACUUGAAGAUGAUUAUAAUUUUGAUAUAAAACUGCUAAACAACAAAAGAAAUUAUGAAAAAGCUCUAACAUAUAAAUUAAUGCAGUCAUAAGUAGUUGUAGAAAAUACAUCACUUAAGUUAAUAAAUUAAGGACUAGAAAAGUAGAUAUCUGAAUUAAAUAGAAGAUUAUUGAUGAUUGAAAAUGAAUCUAAAGCUAAUAAAUAAUCUUUGAGAAACCUUCAAGUUGAUGCUGCUGCUAGAAAGUAAUAAGAAUAACUUAAUUAUGAAGAUAGGAUAAGAAUUGAAAAGUUAUUAAAGGGCUUAGAUGAUGAAGAAACAAAUAAUGAAAAAAUAGUUGAAGUUUUUAAAGAUGAAAUGCUGUUAUAAGGAGUUGUGGAGAUUUUUACAAGAAUGAGAAAAAUGAUAGUAAGAAAUCUAAAUAAAUAAUUUGUAAAAAGUAAUAGAUUAUCUCAAAAAGGGGAGCUUAAUUCAGUCAUAGCCUUUAAAGAUAUUAUUUAUGCCCACGUCAGCAAUAAAAAAGAUGAAGAAAUAUCAAGCUACCUAUUGCUAUAUAGAUAAUUUAAAGAGCUUAUUUAGCACUAUUAUCCAUAAUAUGGUAAAAUUAUAUUCUACCGAUAACAGUAAUAACAAAGUGAAGAAGAGCUGAAAAGUCUAUAGUCUACAGAUUAAGUAAAUGAUAAAAUUAAUUAAAGUAUUUAGAUUAUUUAGGAGAGAGAUGAAAUCAAUAAUUGGCUUCUUACCAACUUAGUGCUUUUAAAAUCAAAGAGAAAAUAAGAAAAAUAUAAUUUAAAGAGAGAUGAAAAGUAAUAAAAUAAAAAAAACGAGGCUGAUUAAAUUUUAUUUUAGUCAAGGCAUCUCUUUUAAUAUUUGGCUCUAUAUUUAAGACUACAACAUAUUAACUAAAAAAAAUCUGAUUAAGAUGAUAAAGUAUCAGAAGGAUAAAGUGUUGAUAGUGAUGAUUAAAAUACCAAAUUUGAUAUAGAUUAAGACUUACAAAUAAAUUUAGAGGAAUAAAUAGUUAUUUAGUAUUACAGAUUGCUUUAGAUUUUAAUAAAACUUUGA